AAUUGACUGGUGCAAUUAGGUUGCUGAUAGGCUGGGAAAGAUGGGGUGACUUCAUUUCUGUGCUUGGCCAAUGAGGUUACUCGAUGGAAGUUGGGGCGCUCUGAGGGAAAUGAAGGUGUGUGACUGGGGGUAGGCUUAUUGCUCAGAUACAAAUAAACAGGUGUUUUACAUUCAGGUAAUCACCUAGGUCUAUGGUAAUUACAGCUCCAGGCCUUUCGAUCUGUUGAGUAUAUAAGGCUACGUUUUUUUUUUGUAUUCUUCAGACAGGGCUAUGUUACUUUGACCUUCCAGUAAUUCAAGUCAGUACAAAAAUAAAUAUAUAUUUUGGAAACAGAUUGCAAAUAACCAAUGGCGCUCAAAUUCAACUUGAAGGUUAAUUGCUGUGGAAUUUACCAGGUAUUUUUGGUCCUCGUCAUUUUCUGCUGUGACUGUGUCCUUGGAAUAUGCACUGUCACACACUGCACUGACACAACCAAGUGUUUGCUAUCCCUCGACAAAAGCAACUGCAAAUGUGCUGUUGGCUACUAUGGAGACCUGUGUGACAAAGUUGCUACCAUCAAUGUCAUGUGUGGCAAAGACUACAUUACUAUCAUGGUGAAUGAGGACUUUUUCCAGUACUACAAAGUACCUAUGGAAUCUCUGCACUUGAAGAAUGAGUCUUGUCGUGCCCAAAAGGAGGUUAUGUCUGAUGUCCCAUACUACAUUGUGCGGAUAUCAAAGGAUCAGUACGUUUCCUGUGGCGGUAAACCACUGGAGAAAAACAUCACUCACAUUGCAUACGCCUUAACUCUCAUGUCGGCCCCUCAAGUCUAUGGAAAUAUAAUAAGAGACCCAAUGAUAAAAAUUGAGUACACGUGUAUCUACCCAUACAUCCGCACUGUCAGUUUGCCGUACCCCAUCAUCCCCUUCUCUAGUGAGACUGUGAUGCGGAUGGGUGAGUUGGAUGCCAAGGUGGAGAUGGCCCUCUUCACAGAUCACACCUACACAGAGGCGUUCCAAAGCUCACCGCUGAUCCACCUCCGGGACAGGGUGUAUGUGGAGAUCAAGGUCGUGGAGCUGGAGGACGUCUUCCACUUGAGGGUGAAUGAAUGCUGGGCCACACAGUCCCCCAAACCCAACCAGACAGACAGCGCUGUUCACACCCUGCUGCGCAAUGGGUGUGUGAAUGACGACACUGUCACCUUUCUCAAUACGACAAUGGGCGCCAAUGGAGAGGCCUCAACCAUCCGGUACAGCUUUGACAUGUUCCGCUUUGUUGUGGAGCCUCAUGACCUGUACCUGCACUGCACAGUGCGCUUGUGCUCCCUGGACGAUGACGAACCCUGCAUUCCUGAGUGCAAAUCUAUAACCAAGAGGGCAGCAGUGCGUGGAGACCCAACUCAAGGUCUACUGUCAUAUGGACCAAUCAGGAUUGACAUACCAGACCGACCCCAAUCUAAUCUGCUGCUGCUGAUGAUUCCUGUGGCUGGCAUCUGGGUCCUGGGCCUCUUCCUCCUCGCCCUAAUCACCAUCGCUAAGGCAGGAAACCGACGACUGUCACAGCUAGCAAACCGCUGACAUCCAACUUGAAUAAAAAUAAUAAUUUCUAUGACAAUUAAAUGAGUCCCUCU